AAGCUGCCGCUAUCACUUUUAAAAACAGCUCAAAGUCAUCCUAUGCUGGUGGAGCUGAAAAAUGGAGAAACCUACAAUGGUCAUUUAGUUAGUUGCGACUCUUGGAUGAAUAUUAACCUGCGUGAUGUAAUUUGUACUUCAAAGGAUGGCGACAGAUUUUGGCGCAUGCCGGAAUGCUAUAUACGUGGUAGCACAAUAAAGUAUCUACGUAUUCCAGACGAAGUGAUCGACAUGGUAAAAGAAGAUGCACAAGCCAAAUCAAGGAAUCGUGCUGAAAUGAACAAAAAUCGCGGCGGCAACUCAUCGCAGAAUCAAAACCAACGUGCACCACGGAGUGGAAAUCGAAACAACUUUGGUGUUCGCAGUGGGCCUAGCGGUGGAGGACUUGGCAAUGGAGGUAUGCGAGGUGGAAAUGCAGGACAAGGCAAUCGUCCACCCCCUCAGGGAAAUAAACUUAGAAAGUAAUAUUAAAUUGUGUUUAAACUAAUUAAAUGCGACUCAUUUGAUAGUA